GUUUAACGGCGAGGGGGCGAGAGGGUCUUUCGAGGAAGGGAUAUCCGGUUUCGUUACAUGUUUCCGAUAUUGCUUUACCAAAUUAUUAGUUAAACUCCAUAUUUAUGCUAAUUUUCGUUUACGUUGUGGUUGUUAUUGUUAUGCUUGUCAUGAUCUUAAUAGUCUCUUCCCGGGGACUCUUAACCGGCGUACACAGCUCUUAUAAAGUAAGAGACCGGAAAUUGCACCACAGUAGACCGGGAUAACGGUACAAAUCUGGAUCCUUUCUAAGGCUAUGUGUUCCGAAGGAGGGCGAGUCUAGGGAAAGACGGAGGCACAAUGUCAAUCAAAAUUAAGGAACCGUAAAAGUAGAUCGGUGGGAAGAUCGGCGGCUCAACUGUUUCCUUUGUACCGAAAGUGUUUUGCGGAAUAUAAUAUGCAUCGGGACAAUGAGGAAUACAAAGAUCCGACCCCCCCCAACAGCGUAUCGCUUCACUUUUACAGGAAUUGCACAAAGCGUCUCAUAGAAUCAUAAACUUGGAGUUUCACUUGUCCGCGCUUGUUUUGCCACAGCGUUUCGGUCUGGGAAAGAAAGAUACUAAAGAUUGUUACUCGGGAGGGGAAAAAAUGUGCCGCCCCGACGUGCAUUCGUAUACAUCGUAAAGGAUUGGGAUAUUGAUUUUAAUUCGCGAAAAUCUGGUGUUUUCAUUUCUCUGGAUAACAUUGGUGGUGACUCGCCAUUUCGGGGAAGGAGGUCUCGCCUCCCGAUUACAAACUUCUUUCACUGUUUACGGAAAGGAAGAAGGAGACCAACAUGAGCGGGGGAGAUGUGGUGUGCUCCGGCUGGUUAAGAAAGUCACCUCCCGAAAAAAAGUUGAGACGUUACGCAUGGAAGAAGCGGUGGUUCAUUCUGCGCAGUGGCCGUCUGACCGGCGACCCCGACGUGUUGGAGUACUACAAGAAUGACCACGCCAAGAAGCCCAUCCGCGUAAUUGACCUCAACUUGUGCGAGCAGGUGGACGCCGGUCUGACGUUCAACAAGAAGGACCUGGAGCACAGCUUCAUCUUCGACAUCAAGACCAUCGACCGUGUGUUCUACCUGGUGGCGGACACGGAGGACGAGAUGAACAAGUGGGUGCGCUGCAUCUGCGACAUCUGUGGCUUCAACCCCACCGACGACGAGGCAGCCAAGGCAGCCCACCAUGCAGCCGCGGGGGGCAGCAGUGUGGUGGACGCACCCCCUCAUCCUCUGCUUGGGGGUCCCGCCGCCAUGCUGACCAACGUGCCCCCGCCCUACCAGCCCGUCAGCGUGCGGCACCUGGACUCCCAGUCCAGCCUGGAUGAGCCCCAGGACUACCUGUGGCUGGUCAACUGUGAGAGCAAGAAGCCAGACGCUAACAGUAGCCCCAUCGGGCCUCCCCCUUCCCCCGGGGUGCCGGAGCAGGAGUACCUCCUCCUGGAGGAGUGUGAGAGCCACAGUCCCCAGGCUUGUCCGAGCCACACAGAGUGCUCCAAGUCCACGUCGUCGGAGACGGACCUCAACGACAACCUGCCGUCCCACCGCACCCCCAACUCGUCCACCUCGUCGUCGGGGAAGCACAACGCCGCCCACAACGGCUUCUUCCCGCAGCACGGCGGCCCCGCCUCGGCCUCCUCCAUCUACGACUCGCCGCCGUCGCGCGGCGCCUCGCUCUCCCACGACAGCGGCGGCGCCGGCCUCUACCUGCUGCCGCGCAGCUACUCCCAGGACACGGUGCUGCAGCCCAAGGCGGCCUCGUCCCCCGUGGCCCGCCCGGACGCCGCCAACAGCGACGCCGAUCUCUACGUGUUCAACACACCGGCGCGCAAGGCCUCGUCCGGCAUGGAGACGCAGCUGCGCAACAUGUCCGUCAGCUACGACAUCCCGUCCACGCCCGGCGCCAACUGCACCUACCAGGUGCCCCGCACGCUGCCGCCGCCCUCCUCGGCGGGGAGUGGCGGCGGCGGCGGGGACGUCGUUGGAGGUAGCGUUGGCGGAGGAGUGGGCGGCGGUGACGUGGUGCCCCCGCCCAGACCGCCCAAGCCCUCGCUGAGCUCCGGGUCCGGGCUGCUGCCGCCGCCGCCGCCGGCCGAGCGGUCGCCCACGGACACGUACUGCGUGCCGCGGUCUGCGUCGGAGGCGGACGGGAACUACUGCGUCCCCACCAGCGCCGGGGUCAAGGCGCUGCGCAGCAACACCAUCGGCCCCAUGGACUCCUCGCGCCUCCGCAAAGAUUUCGGAUCCCAAGACUGCUACGACAUCCCCAGGACUUUUCCGUCAGACAAGACCUGCUCCUUUGACUUCAACGAAAGUUUCAACAGCUACUUUAAAAACAAAGGCAUGAUGCCGGUGGGCAGCCAGUCCAUGGAGGAAGUGGACCAGAACUACGUUCCCAUGAGCGCCAACUCUCCGUCGCACCACCACUCCGGCAGCCUGCCCGAGCCCAUCCAUGAGACCAACUAUGUGCCCAUGACCCCCGGCACCGUGGAGUUCUCCUCGCUGGGCAAGCAGGUGCCCCCACCAGCACACAUGGGCUUCCGCUCGAGCCCCAAGACCCCCCCGCGCCGGCCGAUCCUCAUCAGCGACUGCCAGCCCCCUCCGGUCGACCGCAACCUCAAACCCGACCGCAAAGGUCAGAGUCCUAAAAAUAUAAGAGCAAAGGUUGUCGUAUUAGAACGAACCGACUCCCAAACCGUAGGGGAAUUUCCGAGGCGACGACGCAAGGCAAAGCCCGCCCCAUUGGAGAUCAAACCGCUUCCAGAGUGGGAGGAGACGUGUGCUCCUGUGCGCUCCCCUGACACGCGAACAUUCGCUAGAGAUCGAGGGGAUUCAACUGGCUGCAAUGGUGGGUUACAUAGCAGUGGCAGCUAUGGUCCCUCCAGGUUCCCCAUGCCCCCGCGGCCCACCUCCAUCCACAGCAUGGCCUCCAGCACCGACUCGGAUGACUGUGACGAGAACUAUGUAGCCAUGCUCUCUAACAUGUCCGCAGACGAACUAAACAUGAAGCUGAGUGCCCCUAAGACAUCGGACGGAGGGAGCAGCCCCCUGGUGAAGCCCAAGGAGGAGAAGCAGGUGGAGUAUCUGGACCUGGACCUAGACCCAGGGAAGUCUACCCCACCCAGGAAGAAGAAGAGCAACGGGACGGGCAUGGCGGCGUCGGACGAGCGCGUGGACUACGUGGUCGUCGACCAGCAGAGGACGCAGGCGCUCAAGAGCACGCGGGAGGCAUGGAACGACGGGCGCCAGUCCACGGAGACGGACGCCCCCGUCAAGGGACCCAAGUGAUCCCCCUCUCCCCGUCACCACCUAGCCGCCCACCCUUUGGUUCCCGUGCGGCUGAGGACGUACUCUGGCGCCUGCGGUCCAACACAUCGCUGAGAUGCUUUGGUCGGUUGGAACCAGGGAAGAGCUCCCGCAGCCAACUGAACUGGUUUGAGUUUACACUGCGCUUUCGGGGACGGGGAUGGCUGGUGAGGGGAGGCUGGGACAGGCACUCAGCCCCCUGUGGUGGAUGGUUUCAGGGAAGGGGACGGAGGCGGUGGUUGGAGCCAGGAAUAAGCUGUGUUGUGUGCAGUCUGGAAGCAGGUAGACCGGGAGGUGGAAAGGAAUGAUGGAGAUGGCCUAAGGAGCUGGGAGUCGAACAAAUAACAGAUGAAUCAUAUCUGGACAUUCACUCCCCUACCUCCUGCUUUUUCAACAUGGAAGGGGCUUUUUUUUUUAUUCUGGUCAACUACUGGAGGAAAGAAGGACUGACAUUUCCGUUAAAUUAUGAUGCUGAUGGAUUCUGUUCUGAGGGAGAGAAAAGGUGAAAUGAUAUCCCCCCCCCUUCCCGAACGUCGAUGUCACUUGAUUUCUCCUAUCCUCAAGGGUAUGAGAUUAAAAAAAAGAAAAAGACUAAUAUGCUUCGUAUGGACCCAGAUCAGAGGUCAGUUUCUGCAGCUCAUUCAUGAAACAGAGGAUUUUCCAUGACCCUGUUGUGUAGAAAAAUGCCAGUAAGAAAAAGGGCAGGAUAGAGCACCCUCCAUAACAACAUGUGAUAAAAAUGCCGACAACAGAAAAAUUGCAACAGCCAAUUUUGUGUACAAAAGUGUUAUGUAUAUAAACAACAAAAAAAGUGCCCUUUAUUUGUAAUACGGAAUAUCCCGAGUGUCUUGCUCCUAGGUAUGUGGAUUCUGCAGGGUAGAAUUCUGUGCCUGGCUCAAUGGUAUCAGAAGGUGUGAGAAGGGAUUAAAUUACUGUGAGUUUUCAAAAGAAAGUGACAGGCUUUCUAUAAGUUAUGCACAGGUAUCAAACUUGGGUGAAAGAUAGGAUAUCAGGUACUUUCAUGUUGGGGAAUACUAACCGCUACUUGUUUAUUUAUUUUUUGUUUUUUUUCCCGCUGGAUGUCGCAUUUACAAAUAGCUCCGUGUUCUCACGCCGUGCAGAAAAAUGUGUUCUCAACAAAGCAAACAACAAAGUAAUCUCAACAAAGCGUUAACUUUGAUUACCACAAGUCAGUCAGUUAGUUUCAGGCUUUUUUUGUUUUGCUUGGUCUUUCACUUACUUUUUCCUCUUGGUUUUUAAUUUAUUUCAAUCUGAGCAUUAUACACUCUUGGCUAAUCAUCGGACUGCCUUAACACGUGCAAACAAACAAAUCAUUUGUAAAUACCGUGUGUACUAUGUUUUUAGCCUUAUUCUUACUAACACUAUCAACUCUGGAGUCCAAAGUCCCAAGCAUGUAUAAGCACCGGAGAUCAACAUUUUUUGCUGUAUAUAUUAUGCCAUAAGCUAUUUAAGCAUGUAGUACUUAUACUGAAAACUGUGCCUAUGAUGUCAAUUUCAUACUAGUUUUUUUCUUUCUUGCAGUUUAGAUGUGAUGUGGACUGCAAAUCUGAUUAUGUUCUUUUUUAAUGAAUCUAGAGAAAUUGUAAAUUUUAAAGUGGACUAAAUAAAAUCACAACAUUUUAUGCAUUUGUCCCCUGUGGUUGUUUACACAUGGGGGUUGUAAAAUAGUUUAAACAUCCCCAGGAAGGUUCUUGAAUAGCUACACUUUAAAGUUGGAUGAGGCCAAUUAUAGAGAGGUUACUGGGUUUAGCAUAUCUUUUUUGAUUUUGUUGGCACAAAUUCUUUAAUUGAACACCAGGUGGCGACGUUGCUUGCGAAUCCUAUUGCUUUGCCUCCUGCACCAAGAAGCUAGGUUACAAAACUAACUUCAAUGACACGGGUUUUAGUUUUAGAAGUUCUGAUAUGUUGUCCGAGGUCAUGAUACCAAACGAGGCAAAAAAAUAAAAAAGGUAAGAUGAGAAUUAAUAUAAAUGUCUCAUGAAUUGAGAACAUUUAUAAACUACCUUUUAAAUGCUGUGUUGCAGGGUUUGUUUUCGAACGAAUUUGUGCAAUUUUCUUGUUGGUAUUUAAGAUUUAAACAGUUAUUUAUUGUAUUUAAUGUUGUUAGGUAUCACAAAACGAAAUGUAAUACGAAAAAUUAGGUACUAUUUUAGCAUUUUGCUAUUGAUUCUCAUUUCCCCCAGAAUGCAUUGCAUUACACGUUUGGGCGACAGUGUAUAGCCUAGACUAGAUAGAUAAAUAGCCUAGUCAAGUCUUUAUUAAUACCAAACUACACGUAGGGAAUACAUUUAGGUGAUUCGGCUGACACAGUAUAGCCUACAAGACCACACAGUACAAGGGAGACAACAAGUCUGACUGGACAUACACAAAAUACAUCACAUUAAAACUAGACCCAUGCAUUUAUAGAUAGACAGAAAGAUAAAUAAAUAUGUUCUGUUAUUUGCCUUGCGGAGCCAGCCAAUCCGUGCACGUAUGCAACUUAAAGGCUGGUUUAUGCUCGGUUACGUAAGCGUAAGCGCAAGCGCAAGAGGCCCUUGCGCGCCCUUGCGCCCCCCUUGCGCGACUUCUCACGUCUUGCGUGCGUCGGGUGAUUUUUCUAGACUUGCGUCAUUUUUUACGUAAGCUUUUACGCGAGCAGCCCAGCCUGCAAGGCUGUGAUUGGUUUGCUGGUCUGGUUACUACUUCCUGUCUGGAGUAUCACCCGGCAGGCUCAUAUACAAAAGCAUUAACCUGAAGUGAAGUUAACUUUGCUGCCAACACAUUAUGUCGUUUUAAAAUGUAGAGAGAUAUGCACAUUUAUACAACCCCAAUGAUCAACAACUUCAUCACCCCUGUUCCUCUGUCUGUUGCCAUCAUUCACUGUGUAUGGGGAGAACACGAUCUGGCACAUAAACAA